GCAAGGGGAAGUGUGGGCAACAUGGCGUCGGCAAAUUGUGUUGUAAGGCUCCUCGAAGGCAAAUCCUUCUGCAUCUUUGUGAUUUUCCUCGCUGGAAGCUAUGUCAGUGGAAAGACACUUUUACUGCCAUUUGGAGCUGAGGAAGGAGACUCAUAUCUUCAUCCCAAUGAUGAUGAAAGUUCUGGAAGCAUCCAAAUAUCUUUCAACUUUCCCUUCUUUGACCACAAUCAUGGUUCUCUUUUCGUGAACACGAAUGGUGUUUUAUCUUUCCUUGUGGAAGUCUCGCAGUUUACCCCGUCACCAUUCCCACUGGACGGUGACAGGCGAUUGGUGGCAGUGUUCUGGGGUGACGUUGACAUCAGGCACGGUGGUAAUGUCUCUUAUCGUGAACUUCACCGUGCUGCCAGCAGUGAAGGAUUAUUUGUCCGGGCAGAUAGCAUCAUCAGGCAGGCUUUUAUUGGCCAUUCCAGAUUUUUGGCAUCUUGGAUGUUCAUAGCAACGUGGAACGAAGUACCUUUCUAUGGAGCUUUUGGCGAGGCUCUUCAAAUACGGAACACAUUUCAGGCUUUGCUGGUCACCAAUGGAAAACAUGCCUUUGCCAUUUAUAACUAUGAGGAAAUUCGUUGGACUACCGGCACAGCAAGUGGUGGAAACAGUUCAAAUGGACUGGGUGGCACCCAAGCUCAGGUUGGGUUCAAUGCUGGUGACGGUUUUAACUUCUUCGUUGUUCCUGAAUCGAGAACCGACGCCAUUGUCGACAUCGACAAGGACUCAAAUGUCGGCACCAGAGGGCGUUUUGUCUUUCGCAUUGACAACAGUGACAUCGUGGAUUCUGGCUGUAAUACUGAUGGUACCGGAUCCCUGACAAUAUUCCCGGUUUACAGCUCCAUGCUUGGAGGUGACAUUAUCCGAAUGUCAGGGCCCUGUCUCAACGAAACUUCCUCCAUCAUGUGCCGCUUCGCUGGUGUAAACGUUACCGGACAGGUGGUGUCCAACACUACAGCAAUAUGCGUCAGCCCACCAGUGUUCCAAAUCGGUCGCGUAUCACUGAAGAUGUCAACAAAUAAUGGAGAGUCGUUUGAUUUCAGCGGCGUGUUCACAUAUCUAAGCCCAGAAGACGUCUCUCCAUUGGUUACCAGACAGGAAGCUAACGAUUGGUACAAACAGGAAAGUCUGACAGUCACGUGGGACACGGAGUCCCUUCAAGACUAUGUCGACUUUGUUCGGGUCUCUGUCUACAGUUACGACGAGAAUUUAACAACAGGAGAGGUGAAACUUUACUUGGUAAACUGCAGCAGUCAAAUGGUUCCUUACAGUAAUGGCGAAUUUAGCUUUAGUCGUCCUAACCCCCCAGAAGGAGUCCAGUACGAAGUUGGGGCCAUCCGUGUGUCGCAGUACAGCCAACAUGAAGACACAGACUUGGAGCUGGCACUGCCGGGACUUUGGAGUGACGUACACAACCUCCACUGGCUCUACCCCGUUUCAAACCAUUCAGCCUGGUGCCAAGACUGGUUGAAUGAUGAGGGAUCGGAUGUUAACUUCCUCCAAGUGACUGAGCCUUGUCCUUGCACGCAGACUCAGGCUCAAUUCAAUUUCAAUAUGUUCAGCAACGACCCUUCUUGCAAUUCUGUAGAAGGUUGUGAGUCAUUCAGGCCAGGAGCCGUUGAAUGUGUCAGAGCUGAAAGACCUAGCAGUUCAGGAGGAGGACAAGAGUGUUGCUAUGGAGAAGACGGCAAUAUUUUAAACGUUGCGCAGACAACAGGCGGUGGUUUUGCCCAGAGGAGGCAUCAUAGAGGUGUCACGCCUUUUCAGACUGCAGGCCAUGUUCCACUCCUUUCUCAUUGGAUGUCAGACCUAUUGCCGAGGGAGCACUGCUGUCUGUUUUCCAACCAGACGAUGUGUGAUGCAUACGUAUCUGUUCGACCCUCACAGACCUGCGAGAAUUACAGGGCACCUGUAAUGGCUAUUAGCACCGGUGAUCCCCAUUUGACCACACUUGAUGGCAAAAAAUACACUUUUAAUGGGGUUGGUGAAUACACCAUGUUGGAAGCCUGCAAUGGUUCGUUCGUUUUUCAGGCACGGAUGACAGUUUUGCAGUCCGGAGGUGCUGCAACCGUUAUAACAGCGUUAGCGGCUAUCGAAUCCGGUAGGUCUGACCAGAUUCAUGUUGAGGUCAGCGAGAGGCGGGGUAUUGAUGUGUGGUACCGCAACAUGAGAAGUGACAGUACUUGGUUGAUGCUACACAUCGACGAGACACAGAUAAGGCAGGUUGACCUUCAAGGUGUGAUCGUUAUCUUCAAAAAAGCAAAUGACACAGUAAAAGCCGUUCAAGUGAAUUUUGAGUGUGGGGCAUCGUUUAUUGUUUCAACUACGGCUGGGCUGCUAAAUGUAAUGACUGCUUUGCGAGAAGAACUGAAGGGGCGAACUAGAGGACUGUACGGUAAUUGGAAUGGAGAGGAAAACGACGACUUCGAGAGACCCGACGGAACAGUUCUUUCGACCGAUGCGACGGUGCAAGAAAUACAUUACGAAUUUGGUCAACAAUGGCAAAUCAAACCAGAGAAUUCCCUGUUCAGAUACCCUGCAGGGAAGAGUCCUUCGGAUUACAGCAACGAGGCAUUUGUACCAUUCUUUUGGUCAAUGAGUGAUCCCAUUGACAACAGAGUUUUGAAUUUGUGCGGCAACGACACUCAAUGCGCCUUUGACUUCAUCGUGACUGGAAACGAAAACAUCGCCAUGGCAACGAAAGAAGUGGUUGAGAACUUCGGCAUUGCAGUUGAAAGUGCGGCCAUUGGUAAAUUUCAAACAAGAUGAGUUUUCAUUCUCUCAAAACCAAAGAUAUUGUAAGGAAAAAUUGAGACAUUCAAGAAAGUAAGAAACUAAACUACACAUUCGCUGUACAGACGUCUGGGAAUGUACAAUCUCUAAAAACCGAGAUAUUCGCAGUAGAAGUUUAUUCGAAUUUUCAAUUUCUCAAAACCGAAGAAUUUGAGGUAUAGAAACCUAUUUGAAUUUUCAGUGUCUGGGGAAAAAACUUGAGACAUUCGUUUAUAUGGCAUUUCUAAUCUCUCAAAACCGAGGUGAUCGCUGUAGAAGCCUAACUGAAUGUCUCAUAUCCAGUGUUCACUGUCAAGAAAAUAUUUGACAUUAGCUUAACCUAUAGGAAUGUCCAAUCUCUCAAAACAGGAGUUUCGCUGUACAAACCUUUGUGAAUUUCGAAUGUCGAAGAAACUGAGACACUGGCUGUACAAACCAAUGGUUGUCCAGUGUCCAAUCUCUAUACCCAGUCUCUAAAUUUAUGGCCAAUAUCCAAUGUGACUGGUAGACAUCCGCUACAGCCCAGCCCCUUAAACGGGCAUAAUACACCGUAACAUUUAAUCAUUUCAAACAUACUAACAUUUAAACAAUUCUAACUUGUUCCUUGAAAGGGAAGAAAAUGUCACUUUAAGAUCAGCGUUAACUUUUAUCUGACAUCAAUAUAAAGUGUUGCACUCUACAUAUUGUUUAGUUACACCGAAAAACAAUGGUCAAAUCAACACACCUUGCUUACAAGAUCUAACUGUUAGACAUUUGUGGACAUGUAUGCACUGACAUUCUCUGCAAGAUGUACACUUUUCAGCAAAUACAAACAUGUACAUGUACAAGGUUCACAAUCAUUUUUCAUAUAACUGAAGAACAAGCUGUUACGAUAGCGCCCUCUUUAGUUUUGUUAGGGCAGUCAUUCAUUCAUUCAUGAGGUCGCUUUAAUUUGAACAUGACCUAAAUCUGCAUCAUGUAAUCAUACUGUAGUUGUGACCUUCCUUUGUCUGUGAUAUUUUACCGACAUCAGCCUGCCUAUAUAGUGAUUAACAAGAUACCGAAACAUGGUGUCAGAAUUUAAGCGGACUUCCACGCAAUCCACGGUUUGCUGACCCACUUUACCAGGCGUGUUCAAGAACAAUCGCUGACCUCGAACAGCAGCACUUUGUUGUCACCGACCCGACCACGUGAUCUCAACGCGUUCUGCAUGGACUCAUGUACGCAUGGUACCUGUUUUACGUGCAACUGCAAUCGUCUAUGAACUGAACGCACUAUCAUUGGGGCUGUCUUCCGUCAACUACAGGUACUUUCACAGUAACUGUCAGAACUUUCGUUCGCAAUGUUGAGUGCACGCUCCAUUGCUGUGCGUUCCUACUGUCUUUAGCCAACUGUAAUUCCAUACCUUGUCACUGUACAUUGUCACUACAACGGUGUGAAGUUAUUUCAGUUACACUGUAUUAAGCCUUGUUAGUUUUAAUACACUGUUGAUGCUAAAGAAAUGCUAUGCUAUGAAAUGAGUAUCAUUUUGAAGUUUCUUAACUACUCAACUCUAACAUUGAAGUUUGCUGUAUAUUGACAAGUUGAACUGACACUUAUCAAUAGUUUAUCUUAUCAGGAUAAUGGGACCUCACUCUUGGUCUAAAGCGCCACUAUCAGGGCCAUUAAAUUUGCAAAUAGAUAUCCUGAAAUCAAGUUGGGAAAAAUUGAACAAGUUUGGGACAGCUACGAGAUUAUUUCUGGAUUUGAUAAAGGAGACUGAUACACGGCGUACAACCCAUUUUAUCACUACACUUCGUAGCAAUGCCCUAUCCAUAGGGCCUAAUGGUCUUCCCUAUAAGAGUGAUGAUGACAAGGAAAAGUUCAGUGUGAUCCUUGAUCUCUGGGAAAAGUACUAGGUUUCUAGUUGAUAAAUGUAUUCAAACCAAGUGGAAAACUUGGUGUCUGUGUAGACUAACAGCACUUGAAAGCAGCUCUUAAACGGGAGCACUGUCCCUUGCCAGUUAUUGAUGAUGUUCUUCCAAAACUGGAAACGGUCAAGAUUUUCAGCAAAGCAGACUGCAAAGAAGGAUUCCAGCAAUGUGAGUUGGAUGAGGAAUCAUCUCAUUUGACAACCUUCCAAACACAUUGGGGCAGAUGCCGGUGGUAUCGACUACCAUUCGGACUCUCGACCUCUCCUGAACUCUUCCAGAUGAGAUUAGAUCAGUGCUUCGAAGGUCUUUCAGGCAUUCACACUAUCGCUGAUGACAUAUUGAUCACAGCCCAAAGUAGCACAGUUGAUGAAGCUAUCAUGGAUUAUGACAGAAACAUGACACAGUUUCUUGAUCGCCGCAAACAAAUGAACAUCAAACUGAAUAAAGCAAAGUUUGAAUACAAGUUUGAUGAGGUGACAUCCAUCUGACACUGACAGAAAGGCUCAGGACUUCAGCCAGAUUCUAACAAGGUCGAGGGCAUUAUCCACAUGGAACAGCCAACAGAUUUGGAAGGAGUGCAGAGAUUGGUGGGAAUGAUAAAACAUGUUGCCAAAUUCCUACCAGAUGUCUCUGGCAUCAGCGAGCCACUCAGUCGACUAACACAUAAGGAUGUUCAGUGGUGUUGGACUGAGGAACAAUUUCAGGCGUUUCAUACCUGAAACAACGCCUGAUAGCAGCACCAGUGCUCACAUACUUUGACCUCAAAGUACUCACAGAGGGCCAAGGAGAUGCUUCGGAAAGAGGACUAAGGUUUGUCUUUUUCCAGAAUGGCAUACCAAUCAUGUAUGCAAGCAGAGUACUGACGCCAGCCGAAACCCGCCAUUCUCCGGUUGAGAAAGAAUUCCUCGCGCAAGUCUUUGGACUGGAACGCAAUCACGAGUAUGUUUAUGAUCGACAGAUAGUACUGUGGACUGACCAUAAAUCAUUGGUCUCCAUAUCGCGCAAACCACUCGCUAAUGCUCCAAUUCAGCAAUUACUUCUCAGAUUGCAGAGAUACACUGUUGACAUCCGCUACAAACCGGGAAAAGACAUGCAUCUUGCUGACACUCUCUCACGAGCAUAUCUUAAGAACUCUAAUCGUUCAGCCAUUGAGGAAGAAGUCGGGAGUGUUCAAAUGAUCAACAUGCUCUCGAUUACUCGCAAAACCCAUGAGCUAAUCAAGUAAGCUACAACUGAGGGUCACAGCCUGCAAACGGUCAUACACUGCAUCCUCAAUGGGCGGCCAGACAAUAAACAGCAAAUACCCUUGGCUGCACACGCAUACUUAAAAGUGAGGGAUGAACUUUCAUUCAUUUUUCAUCUGUAGGCGUUGCCUAUCGAGGCACCCGUUCACAACUGCGCGUCCAAAAUGUAUACUUAUCUAGGUCACUGUGAGUGCAUCACGCAGUCUGUACAUGUAUAAUGUAUACACGCGUGUGGGUUUACACAAGCGGUUUUAACCACAACUCCUGAGAUGUGAAUCAGGCUCGACAUUUUGUUUUCUCAUCGUUGGAUAUUGCAGCAGAAAGUCUCAACGAUGUAAGCCUAAAUUAAUGUUAAGUGACUGCUUUGGAGCUGCAGUUCUGCUGCUGGCGAUAGCCUAUAGUCUCGGCAGAGUCGUGAGUUAAUCUUUCUAGUGCUAGUAAUUUUCUGUCAAAGUGUAGGCGGUUUUUUAACGAUGUGCUUUGUAAUGCUGGGUCAAUUUAUGUUGCAUAUUGUAUACAUGACUUUGUGUAACACACGGAUAUUUCAAAACCUUGUUUUGAUAAAUUGUAUUGAUUGAUUUAUAUCACAGAUUAAACGGAGUCAACAUCCCAUAGUGACAGGCGAAUUUGUGUCGCAAGUCUAACUGCUAUUUUUGGGGCGUCAGUGACCACAGAGCUAGGUUUAUCGACAGUCGCGCAGAAACUGCAACAGUUCAAUGACUCUGACAGCUGUUUAUCACUGCAGUCUCUCUUUCAUUGCGACUCGAUCAAGGAGAACAACCAACAACCAAGGAGAAGGUGGGACAGUGGCUAAAUGACGCUCGAGACGAGUCCCCGCAUUCUGAUUCGGAACAGUCAGUGCAGCCAGUACAAGAGCCAGUGCAGCCAGCACAAGAGCCAUUGCAGCCAGCACAAGAGCCAGAGCACUCAGCACGACAGCCUCUACAGUCAGUACAGCAGGCCGUGCAGUCACCGCAGCAGACUGUGCAGUCAGCACUAUCAGCUCAGCCCACAAAGCCCUCUUCCGAUAGUUGUGUGGUACUGAACAUGCAGCAUAAGAUGAUUGAUGCUACAGUGGUUUGACGGAGAUCCAUUCCAGUAUUGGGUGUUUAUCCGCAGCUUUGAUGCUACAGUGGGGAACACCAGUGUCGAUGAUGGCGUGAAGCUCAAUCGCCUAUUCCAUUCCUGUACAGGUGAUGCCUUGGCAGUUAUCCGCUGUGUGGUUAUGGAGCCAAAGGCAGGCUAAAUGAAGGCUAGAGAGCUCCUUGGGGAUAGGUUUGGAAAUGACUACAAGAUUUCUGAACCUUGGGUCCAGAAGCUCACGUACAGAAGGCCCUCGUGUUGCCCCUGGUGACAAAAAGGCAAUCCAAGGUUUGGCUUAUGACUUCAGAAGCUGCACUCUUGCUCUUGGAACGAUGGGAAAGCUGGAGGAGAUCAAUACUAAGAGAAGCCUUGGAGACAUAGCAAAGAGGAUGCCACAGGCCCUUCAAUCCAAGUUGCGCUCAAAAGCCAGUAGUAUGCUUGAGGAUACAGGUCAAUAUCUGAUUAUAAGCAAGCUGAUUGAGUUCCUCAAUAAAGCUGCAAAGGAGGCAAAUGAUCCAGUGUACGACAUUCCCUUCAAGGCAGAUGACCCUGGAUUGCCGGAUGACAGAAGUUUGGCAGAGAAGCGACUU